AUCGAUCUUCUCGUAAUAUUCUGAUUUCUUAGUGGAAAUGACUGUUUGUUGUGACGACAUGAGAGAUAAUCUUGUAACAAUUAUUUUUGAUGAUGAUGAACAUAACUCUUUUAGGAAUAAAGGUAAAAGAUUUAAAAGACAAUUCAUUCGUUACGAGGCAGAUGAUGGUGAGAUUGCUUUUGAUCGAAUUGUUAAUAAUAGAUUAAUGGUCGAUUGUUUAAAUGAAACGAGCGUGUUUUUUGGCCAAAGUAAAAAAUCAAUUGAAUAUUUAAGCGAUGAAAUUUUAAUGUUUUUUAAGUGUUUAUUCAAUAACAAUACAUGGCUUAUAACCGAUGGAUUAAAUAAUUCAAGUAGCGUUUCCCAAAGAAUAGGUCAUUUAUUUAAAAAUGAAAAGUCAAUAUUUAUAAUUGGAGUUUGUUAUGGGAUAUUAGAAUUUAUAAAUUUUGAUAAAAGUAUUGUCUACGAUAAGAAAAAUCAAUUACAACAUAAUCAUAAAACUUUUUUCUACUUGAACGAUCAAAACGAUUAUUUAAAGUUUAUGCAAUCUUUCCAACGGAAACAACUCUUGAAUAACUUGAACUAUUAUAAUAGAAAUCUAUUUCGUAGUGUUUUCAUCGUUGCUGGUGGAGAUGAAAGUACGAUUUUACAAUUAAAAUCUUGGAAUCGAACCGUUAGUAAUUUAAUAUUAAUGAGAGAUGGAAAUGAUGAUAACGAUACAACUCCUCAAUAUUACGAAUACCCUAUAUUUAUUAUCAAAGGAAGUGGACAAAUAGCCGAUAUUCUUGCAAAAGCUGUUGAAAUAAUAAGAGAUACUUCGUUUGACAAUCCUUUUGAGGAAUUUGAGAGAGAGAUGGAUAAAAUAAAUAUUAACUGUUUAGAGAUAGGAAUGAGUAUUAAUGACUUUUAUAUUAUAGCCGAGUUAAAUGAAAGAAAGCGCAUUUGUAUCUUGACAGAUGAAGAGUGUAAAGAAGCUAAUGAGACAUUAAGACAAAUUAAUAAGUUUCAAAUAGCUCUAAAAAGUUCUCAAAUUUUAGAUAGAAAAGUAACUUCUCUUUCAUAUUUAUUCUCUGUUGUUGGUUUUCAAGGAAAUUUAUUUGCUACUAUUAAAACAAUUGAUACGAAAUUAUGGGAAGCAAUAAGUGAAAAAGCACUAAUACCUUAUUAUGAUCAACUUUUCUCCAAAAAGGAAUUACAAACUAGCAAUAAAUUACAUAUUUUGUUAAAUCACAUUUGUAAGCCAACAGUUAAAGGAAUUGAAAAUAGAAUAGUUUUAAUUAUGUAUUACGUCUUUGGUAAGAAAUCGAAUAUUUUAUAUAGGCCUUUUGGAAGUAAUGAUAGGCAAUAUGCAAUUUGGGAUUUACUUAUAUUUGGUAUUUUAUCCCAUAAUACAUGUCUAAUUGACUAUUUACUAUAUAAAACAAACCCAGUAGCAUCUUCCCUAGUAGCUUCCGUGAUCCUAAAUGGCUUGGCUAUAAAAAGUAAAGAGUAUGGCUUGUUAAAUUUAUACGAAGAAUUAACGGAAAGUGGCCAAAGAUAUAAUAUGCUGGCUAAGAAAAUUUAUCAUAGUCUCUUUGAUAAAUAUUGGAAUAAAUGCGACAUAUUUUUAGAUGCCCAUCUUCCUUUCGAUAGAAAUAGUGAAAGAACGAUUCUGGAAAUUGCACUGAACUGUAAUAUGAAACACCUUUUAGCUGAACCAGGUGUGCAGAAGAACGUUGAUUCAAUGUGGAAAUCAAACAAAGUUCCCUCUCAAAAAAAUGAUAGGGAAAAAUCAAUUUUCAACUGGAUUCUAACACCUCAACUCAAGUUCUUUUUAAAUAUUUUCUUCUAUUUGUCUUUUCUCUCGCUGUUUAGUUAUUUUAUAUUAAUUCUUCUCAACCCAAUUUCUAUACAAUCUAUUGGUGUUAUCGAAGUUUUAUUAUUAAUAUGGGUUAGCGGAUUAAUGAUGGAAGAAAUGCGGCAAAUUUACUAUACAUCUGCAAAAGUUUUCCCUUAUAAGGAAUUUUCAAAAAUCAUUGAUGAAGAUACAAAACAUUUCUCUGUUGACUUUUAUUACUUGGCAAAAUAUCGUGAUAUUAUCAUCAAUUAUCUGAGUAGUAAUUGGAAUAUUAUCGAUAUAUUAUCAAUUAUUUGCUUUUUUACAUCGUUUACACUGAGGUGUUUAUUAGGUAUUGAAAAAUUUGUUUUGGUUAGAAUAUUUUACGGUAUUACCCUUAUUUUAAUGUCAUCUAGAGUUUUACAAUUUAUGAAUUACAUUAAAUUUCUUGGACCUAAAGUUCUAACAAUGUUAGAAAUGACAAAAGAUUUGGUUAGAUUCCUUAUGGUAGCUGGUGUUUUCUUACUUAGUUUUGGUGUUGCUUAUCAGGCUAUGGUUGGGAAGUGGGUUAAAUAUUCCGGUAAAGCUAUUAAUAUUUUAGCUGCAAUAUUCGGAGAUCCAUUUUGGAGAAUAUUUGGGGAAUUGAAUUUAGAGAAAUUAAAUGAAGAUUCCGGGAGGCACGACAUACUCUCUUGGCUGUUACCCAUUUUGAUAGGAGUUUACUUGAUUGUAAUGAAUAUUCUUUUAAUUAAUUUACUGAUAGCCAUAUUCUCAAGUUCUUACAAUAGAAUAGAACAAGAAACAGAGCUGCUUUGGUCAGUUCAGUCCGUUAAAUUAACUUUUGAAUAUCUUGAAGAAUUAUACAUUCCUCCUCCACUAAAUUUAAUUGAUUAUUCUAUUAGAAUAAUAAUGUUCUUAUGGAAAAAGUAUAUGCGCUGUUGUGGUGAGAAUAAAAAUAUAGAGUGCCUCAGAAUAGGUAAAAGUAAAACAUUUAACAAGGUGGAAGAGACUAAAAUUGAUACAUCAGCCUCAAUUAAUUCCGUAAUAUCACAUUUAACAAAGUUUCCUGAUGAUAGUCUGAAUGAUCUGAUGAUAGAGGUUGCCGGAAAUGUCGCAAAGAUAGGUGAAAGAUUAAAUAACAUUGAACAAAAAUUAAAAACGAUUAUGUAAAAAUGAUUUGCUUUUAGUUUUAUCUAAGUCUUAUCUUCUUCUGUAAUACAUAUUCUAUGAUUAAAGUAACCGAUAUGUUAAGAUUAUUAUAUAGUACGUUCAUUUUUCAUUGACAAUUAUAAGAUGAUAUUUUCAAUAUUUUAAAAAGUAUACUAAAGUAACAUUCUCUCUCUCCUUUUUUAGCUAUUCGUUUUAUAUUUUGUACAAUAACCAAAGAUUGUGCUGUUCUUUAUCCCAUAGAGAAGCUUUCAGGAAGAAAGAUGGUUUAUAUUAGGUAGGAAUAAGAGAGAGAAUCAAACUCUAAAAAUUUUAUUGUUUUUUUAUUACUCAUGGACAAAUCGAGUAUUCUCUCUUCUAUCAAAAAGAGUCUGCAGCAUACAGAAGACGUCUAAAUGAAAGUAAGAAAAGUGAAGAAACCUUUGAAUAUCAGAAAAAGAUUGAUAUAAAAAAAUUGUUGUAAAUCAAUCUUAGAUAGAAAUUUUAGACU